GACUCGAUGGACUCGGCCGCGCGUACAUGACAUCGAAGGCAGCGUUUUGUGUCGCAUCGAAUUGUUCUUGGUAUUUACAGUGUUCAGUCGGUGGAGCUUGACAGUACGUUAGAAACGAAAUGAUUCUGUUGUAAAGUUGACGGUGAUGUAACGGAAAGUAAAUCCGGGAGAGUGAACCGAUUCGCGGUGAAUGAGAAGAUACUAAAGUGAAGUGGAGAAGGAAAAUCGGCCCGGGGAAGGUUUAUCAUCGUCGUUUCGAAUGGAUACACAACCUCUCUACUGAACAAGUUUUCAUCUUACUGAGCUUACUUUGUCCUGUAGGGAUCUCAGCGAUAUCGUGCCUCUGUAUACGCCACGCGCGCUUUAUUUAAAACCAGUUGCAAAAAUAAAUGUGUCUGUUAAUCUUCCCCAGCUGAAAGUCCCAGGUAAAAUGGCCAAGAAUCGCAGAUACUUUUAAUCCACCUCUAGUGGCAUUUCUGUGUCUUUUAACUGCUGUUGACUUUACGUUUUCGUUCAAAGCUUAUUCUUUCUUUAUUUAGCGGAGAAUAUUUCCCAUAAUUUUUGGAGUAGAAUCCCUAACAUAUAUGAUUGUAUCAAUUUUUGUUCAUUAUGUGUCAAUAAAUUUUAUUCUAUUAAACUUAUUUCCUCAAUUCCAUUAGGUUCACAAGUUCUCUUUGAUAAUUGCUUCUAAUAAUGGUAUUGACUUUUCUGACAGGAAAUAUGUGAUGUCAUUUUAAACUCAGUGCAAAUCUGUAAUUACACAUAAUAUUUUUAGCACAGUAGGUUUUUACAGAAAAUUAACUGCGAUAUAAACAGGAAAAACUAUAUCAACAUGGGAAGUAAUGGAGAAGAUACGUGCCUUAAUACUACCGGACGAGUUUGCAUCUCUGAAGGUAGCCAAGAGUACACUGGAAUUUAUCAGAUUGGAAGGGGACUUGCAAGACAGAUGCAGACUCCAGCGUGUGCUUGCAAGACUCGAUUCUCAGCAUUUGAAUCUAUCUGGAUUUGCCAACAUUUUGAAAGUUCGUGCAGCAGAGACAAAGGAUGACUUUCCCACGAGACAUAGUUGGGAUUCUUACUUUAGAGAUGCUAAGCACAUGAAUGAAUUGAAACCUGGAGAGAGGCCUGAUACGCUACACAUAACAGGCUUGCCUGUUAAGUGGUUUACAGAAGAUGGUUCAACCAUGCCUAGUGAAUCCUUGGUUGCCAAAAUUUUUAAAAAAUGGGGAACACUUAGAAGAAUCGAUGUACCUGCUGCAGAUCCUUAUAGAUCUAGAAUGCGUCUUGGCACAAACAUAAAUAAAUUUAGUUAUGAAGAUGGAAUAUUUUUUGAUGCUUACAUUCAAUAUGUGGAAUAUAUGGAUUUUGUUAGAGCUAUGGAUGCAUUGCGUGGUAUGAAGAUUCUUAAAAAAGAAGGGGACAAUGCAUUCACUGCUGCCAUAAAGAUUACUUUUGACAAAACAAAACACAUGAGCGAUAGUUCUGUCGCGCAUAGAGAAUUUGAAAGAAAACGCCUCAUAGCACAGGAUACAUUAGCGUCGGAACGGCUUCGUAGGAAAGAAGAAGCUGAAGAGAAACGUCGUGCCGAACUAAAGAAAAAGGAAGAAGCCGAUACAACCGCUAAAAAACGAAGACGACAAAAACGAGAAGAGAAACGCAAACGCAAAGCUUUGACUAUGUUUCGGAAAAAAGAAGAAGAUAAAGUGUCUAUGAAAAUUGCUAGAGAAGGACAGAAAUUAAUAAAAGCACAGAGGCAGCUUGAAAGCAUUCGCCUGUUGGACGAAUUAUUUGACAGGAUAAAGAUAAAAGUGGAAAAUAAUGAAAUUAAAAUAGAUGAAGUGACGAACACGGAUGUAAAGAAAGACGACAAAAAGAAUAGUAAACAAGAUGGCGCUGUUCAAAUACUCAGUUCAGACGAGGAGACAAAAGAUGGAAAAAACGAAAAGAAAAUAAAAAAGUCGAAACGGAAGAAAUCAAAAAAGGGAAAAAAAUCAAAGAAGAAACAUAAGAAGGAUUCUGCAAAUUCUGCAAGUCUCAGCGACGAUUCGGAUGCGGAAGGUCAAACGAAGAAACUGAAGAGUGUUCUAAAACAGAACGUUUCAUAUCCAUCUUCGUCGACAGCUCCUACUGCCUUGGAAACUCUUCCUUACCCAAGUCUCUAUCCACGAUUUCCGCAACCGUGGUACUACGAAGCAGCGUUACCCAUGAUUUACCCUGCUUUGUCAAGGGGUGUGCCCAGAGGUGGACGAUUUCCACGCGGGAGGGGUAGAGGAUUUCUGUGGCGUAAUGCUGGAAAUGCUCGCACACUGCACUCUUUCAACCCACAUUUAUACAACGAGGAGUACUACAAGUACUUCGCUCAUUUAGUAGGCCAAGAUUAUCAUUCUUUCGAAUUUAGAAGUUCAAGAUCCCGUAGUCGCAACAGGUCGUUCAGCAAAUCCAGAUCUAGAUCUAAGUCCAGAUCGAGGUCAAGAUCCAAGUCUGGUUCAAGGUCGAGGUCCAAAUCGCGGGAUCGAUCGAGAUCACGUGCAAGAUCGAAGACCGGUUCGAGAUCGCGAAGUCGGAGACGCAGUAAAAGUAAUAGCAGAUCCCGAUCAAGAAAACGACGGGGAAGAUCGAGAUCUAUAUCGAAAUCAAGGUCGAAGUCUUCCACGAGAGUAAGGUCCCGAUCUCGUCGAUCGAGAUCUAGAAAAAAGUCCCGUUCUCGAAGUCGUUCAAAGUCCAGAAGUAAUACCAAAAAUCGUUAUAGACGAAGACGAGAUAGAUCAACGUCAAAGGUCAAAGUGACAAGGGCGAAAUCCCGCAGUGCAUCACCCAAAAGAAGAUCUCGCAGUAGCACUUGGUCCAUGCCAAAGUCUCCUGGUAGAAGAAGUUGUUCCUGGUCAAAAGGAGUCGAUACUAUUAACAAUAAAGCGAAUUCGGAUAACUCGACUCUCGCGGAAGAGCAAGCGGGUACGAACAAAGAAGCGCCGCAAACUUCUCAACUGGAGAACGUAACUUCCGACUGACGACCAUUGAAGACUAUUCUUCCGUUGUGUGUCUUCGAUCCUAUCGCGUAAAAGGAAUGCAUAGUGUUGUAAUACUGUGUACAAAAACUGUGUAAAUUUGUGUAACUGUACUUGUAUAUAUACACAGACGUUGGUAGUGUGCGUUGACGAAAAAAAAAAAAUAUAUUUUUGUUUACGUGAUAACCCUUUCUAACCUUAAGCAACGCAUUACAGUAAUAUGUAAGUAAAAGAAAUCAAAAAUAUUGGUAACGUUUAGAUCCUAUAGAUGUUUUCAACUUUGAUUAUAUUCUGUAGCAUACAAACCCACGAAAUGAUAGAAGUACCGUAUUUUCUAAUCGCCGUUCAAAAUAAAUAUGACAUCGACAAACUAGACGCCAUCUUUUUUAAAUACUGAAGCGUCUAACCUUAUUAAACAGUAUGCAAUACUUACGGAUUGUCCUCUACGAGAUGAUACAUUUAGUAAUAGGACAGAUAAAUAAGUGAAAUCGGAGUUUUUUGUUUAAGUUUAAAGAAAUACGCAUUGAAUAAGAUGUAAGGACAUUUUGCUACGUAAAAAUUUAGAUCGUAUCUGACAUGUCGUUUUCUUUAUUAAUUUCUUUUGUUUCCUCGUAAAGUUGACUCUGGUAGCUGUUAUGCUAGUUCGCGAUGAUCCUAGCAAGUCCAAAUGAAUCGAGAUUGGCCCUGAAGAAACGAAGUGGAUUUUGAAAAUUCGUGUAAGUUAGAAUCGAUGUAAUAUACUUGCGUGUUGGAUAAGUUUAAAUGAGCUGAAUUCGUGUUAAAAUGUGUUUGGAUAUCGGAUAACGAAUAAGAGAUGAAGGAAUUUUUAUCCGUUAUUUGCUGAAUAAAAAUUAUCAAAUGAAAUAACCA